GAUCUGCUUAAUGGUCGACGGAUCGUCAGAUGGUGAUUGAUAAAAUUUACUGCAGUUUCGUUAGCCGUUUAUAUCUUUUGUGUAUUUUGUACUAACGGAAUCGUUUCAUUAUACUUAACGACAUUUACUAUUUUUUAUUUAAUUAUGAAGAAGAAAGAUAUAUAUUUGUUUUUGCUGAAGGAAAGAAAUAAUGCUGCUAAUUAAUGAAAAGCAGAAUAUAGUUCUUUAUGAUGAAAAUUUUGGUAUAAUGUAGCAACGGUUACAUAAAUUUGCUAUAAAAUGUCAUUCAUGAUAAAGAAAAAGAAAUAUAAAUUUCAAGUGGAUUUUCUACUAGAUGAAUUAUCUUCUGUUCCAUUUUUGAAGGGCAUCCUUUUUUCAAAGGUUCGUUUGUUAGAUGGUGGAAAUUUUAUUGAAAUGUCCCAGAGAGAGGCUGUUCAAGAUCAUUGUGUGAAAUGGGGAUCACAGUUCUCAUUUUGUUGUAAAAUGACAGCCAAUGCUUAUACUGGAAUUCUAGAAACAUGUAUUUGUCGGGUAUCUGUACGUAAGGUAAUUAGAUUGACGAAUCAUUACAAUGUCAUAUUGUGACACGGUCGAGUUUANGCAGAGUUUGCUGGUGCUGGCACCGCAACACGUCGAUAUUUGCUAGAAGGAUAUGAUACAAAACAUCGUCAGGAUAAUUCCAUGCUAAAAGUAACUUUAGGAAUGACUUUAUUAUCUGGAGAUCCAUGCUUUAAAGCACCAAUUUUUAACCAACCAACUUUAUUACCUGAAAAUCCUGAAGAACAACUUCAUGCUAAUAAAAAGGGUGAAGAUUACAGUGGUGAUAGUGUUGCAAGUGGAAGUAGUGGAUUUGGCAGUCUUCCACGCAAACAUGAGAAGAGGCCAUGUAUCCUUAAUUCAGAAUUAGUGUCUGUAUCUGGGAAGGAUGGUGAAUGUAAAGAAGAAAAUCUUCAAGCUGACUGUGAAUCAGGACAUUCUAGAAAUUCAAGUUAUGCUAGCCAACAUUCUAGAGGCUAUGGAAGUCUUUGUUCUCAUUCAAGACAAAGUAGUGCAGAAUCUGGCCAUUUCAGAAAUCUAAGUACUGGGUCUGCGUUUAGUGACUUUACAGUGACUUCAAAGCUAAUAGAUCGAAAACGUCCAGCUGUCAAGGUCACGACAGAGGAAAAUCGAAUGGACUCUACAAGAGUUGAUCCAGAUUUAUUAACAGAUGAAUUAAUUGAAGCCACUAAUUUAGAAGAGGACUUGUCACCAGAAACUAGCGGAUUGCGUCUUUACAUCAACAAGGACGGAACAGCAGCUCUGGGUAGUCACGAUCCAAAAUCGACGAAUAUUAGUAGCGGUUUCGGACAUUCCUUCCUGGGACAAAGAUAGUAGGCAGCCACUACGCGGAACCUUCUGUACAAAGAUCGUCACGCAGGAAACGACGACAUAUUUUUGUACCGGAAUAACUUAUGUAAAUGCCACCAACGUAACAAUAAUACCGAUGCCAAAUAACCACCCGAGAAAAUCUAGUUCAUUCUCACGAAUCAUCGAUGCGUAAUUUUUUUUUCGGACCUCUAUUUUCAUCAGACUAACAUCGAUCCAGUAUUUCGACCGUCGAUUUUGUUAAUUUUCUCGCCUAUUUAAACAAUGAAGUACUGUACAUUGUUACCGAACCAAUUAACUCCUUUAGAUUUCUUCCAUUUUUCUCUUACCUGUGGUGCAGAAUUAGUAUAAUUAUUUUUUUUUGUGUGUGGGAAGAUUUUAUCCUAGUAAUUAAUAUUUUUUAUAUAUAUAUAAACAUUUUUUAUUGAAAUUACUGCAGUUACGGAUAAAAAUAAAGAAUUAAUUGGUGUUUCAAAGUUCUGAACCACAAGUUAUUUCAAAGACCCUUUUUUGUUAAAUUUUGGCAUGUUUUGUUCCAUGUUACUUAAUAAUACAAUUGUAAUUUUUAUAAAUUAAUAAGUAAAUUCCUACUAAAAAGCUUUGUUGUGUAUGGUCUAAUUUCUCUACACAGAGUGUAGUAAAAACUUUUCCAAUGAUCUAUCUUAUAAAUAUCUAUAUAUAUAUA